AUGGUUACCCUUACUGAGGUCGAGGACGAGCACUUCCAGCACGCUCAGGCUGGCCCCGAUGUUGAGGACGACGAGGAUUACUCGGAUACUGACUCCGAAAUUUCUAACGACUCCGACUACGACCCUUCAGAUGAGACUCUCGCUGAGCGAUUAUAUGCCCUGCGCGAUAUCGUACCCCCCACUACCCGCUCUUGGAUCUCCGGCAAGGCCAGCUCCGUUGGUAACGCCGCCUGGAGCGUUCUCUCUUUCAGCGGCAAGGGUGCUUGGGUGAUCACCACCUCCGCCCUCUUCUUCGGUGUUCCUUUCGCCCUGUCCUUCGCCGAGGACCAGCAACUCACUGCCAUGGAGCAAGAGUACAACAUGCGACAAAGCGGCAGCGAGCUUCUGACUGCUGGCUCCGAGCAGAGCACCGCCGACCAAGUUGGCGCCGCUCUCGAGAGCAAGCCCGCCCAAGCUUCUCUCAUUUCGCGUCAAGCCCUCCACGAGAUAUGGCUUCGGAAGAAGGAGGCAGGGGAUGUAGAGCUCGAGGAUCCCUUGGUUGUAAUGCCAGAAGGGAAACAUGACUACAACCUCAAGACCUUCUUCCCACUCUUCAGCAGCUACAUAUACAAUCUUGUUACCGAUGAAGAAUCUGUUCGCUAUACUACAAAGUCUGUCCUAACAGACUUCAUCAACGAUGGCAUAUGCUACCUCGAACUUCGGACGACACCCCGCGGCACCCCUCACCUCUCUGCAGAACAGUAUAUCGCAACUCUUGUCGACACAAUCUCACAAUUCGAGUCAGAGAACCCUCAACUACACACACGUCUGGUUCUAUCUAUUGAUCGAAGACAUACACCCGAGCAGGCCAACUCCACGCUCGAACUUGCUCUGAAAUACCGCAGUCAAGGAGUCGUCGGCCUGGACCUCUGUGGUGACCCAACAGCCCGACCCAACGGUGAAAUCAGUAUCUUUACACCAGUGUUCAAAGAAGCAAAGCAGAAAGGGCUGAGUAUCACUGUGCACUUUGCCGAAGCUGAAGCCAGCGGAUCAAAGGAAGAGUUGGACACGCUACUGUCUUGGGAGCCAGGCCGUCUGGGCCAUGUUAUUUGGGAGGAUGACGAAAUCAAGACAGAGAUCGCGAAGAGAGGUUUGUGCUUGGAGCUAUGCCUGAGCUGUAAUGUCAAGGCCGAUAUGGUGCUCGGCGGGUUCGAGGGUCAUCACUUCGGACAUUGGAGAGGAGUUGAGGGACCAAAGAUUUCGCUCAGUACUGAUGAUGUUGGUGUGUUUGGAAGUCCAUUGUCCAAUGAGUAUAGACUCGUUGCGCAACACUUCGGACUUGACCGUCAAGCUAUAUGUGACUUGGCCAGACAACCUAUCGAAGGCAUCUUUGGAGGUGAGGAGGAGAGAGAAAGGCUGCGGCGCCUCAUGUGGACACAGUGA